UUUUUUUUUUUUUAAAAAAAAAAAAAUAAAAAAAAAAUAGACCCUUCUAAGACAGAAUGGGAAAGAAGCUACUUCAGCUGGUGCGUUUCAAAACGUCUUCCUCACUUUCCCCAGACCAACGUCCGGUCUGCACAGGGAAAACGUGGUUCCAUCUGCGGGAACUAGAAGCAUGCCGUCAACGCAGUCCCUGACUUCACUAAUUUAAACUUUACAAAACAUGCCGGUCGGCAACGGCAUGCUUGGCCCUUGUCACCACAGGGCCGCCAGAAGCCAACCUUUAUAAAUAUGGCUUCUGCCUCCAACUUUACCUACCUCUCCUCGCUGCUCAGCACCACGCCAAGGCCAACUCAAGACAUCCGUCUAGAAAAGGGGGCACCCACAGCAACACUAACAGUCUCACCAUCUGAAGAUGUACACCCCAGACGGCACGUCUCUAUCCUUUCCCAACCCUUUGCUUCUCGAGCCGAGCUCAUCCAGCACCAUCACCGAAAUGGGAGAGAUUCCCAUUCCCAGCAUCGAAGAUGCUGUUGACGGCGACGAUGUGAAGCCUGCCCCGCAAAAAGACACGGAGGCCUUUUCCAACGCACCCGACUCCAGAUACGUGGAGUUCAUCCCAAACUACAGCUCGACAUCUGUGCUGGGGAGACGCCUGACGCAUUUCUUCAACGGACUUGCAGAAACAAGACGUGUUCGCGCCGCCGCUAAGGGCGAGAGCAAGGGCGAGGGCAAGGCACUAGAAAGACGUGCUCGCGUUGCCGCCGCCGCCAAGGGCAAGGGCAAGGCACAAGCAUUCUCGCCGGAUGCUCCGGCGACACUAGCAUCUCUCGCCAACUCGUUCGGCCCUGAGCAGUGGGGCCAACAGGGCAACGCGGACAGCAGCAACAUGCGGCCAUCACCCCCCUCGCCUGAAGCCGUCAUGACCCAUUUCUCCGAGCCUUUCGAUUUCGGAUCUUACCUCGGCGCGAGCGCUGUCGUCGUCGGCGGCGGCGAAAACAACAACAACAACGAGCCGUCCACAAUGCUGCCACCGAGAGAUUCCUACCCCGACGUGCUCGGCUCCGGAUCUCACAAUGCCUUCGCGGCAGCCGGCACGGCGGUCAGUUUCACCUGGGACGCGGGAUUGCCGUAUAUUGAAGACAGCGUGUGGUUCGCUCCCUCCAAUCGCAGAGAUGAUGUGGUGACACAGGCCUCUGCUCCCCUUCCUGCCACAGCCUCCCCCACGCCACCGAGCAGCGGAGGCGUAGGUGUAGGCAGCCAGGCCCCGGUCCCGGUUGCGGCCCCGGCCCCUCCGCCCGACACGACGGUCAGUUUCACCUGGGACCCGGAAUUGUCGUAUAUUGAAGACAGCGUAUGGUUCGCUCCCUCCCGUCGCGGAGAUGAUCUGGUGACAAAGACAACUGCUCCCCUUCCCGCCGCCUCCCCCACGCCACCGAGCGACGGAAGCGUAAGCACCCAGGCCCCGGCCCCUGUGGAGUACAUUGACCCUGCGGCUGAUACGCCUCGCAUGCAGCCGGCAGACUCGUGGUCGACUAGGAUUGCUUCAAGUCUUCUGAAAGUAGCAGCAUGACCAGCUUCGUGCAGACCAUCUUCUUCUCUUCCUCCUCCGGCCAUCGCCGUUGCUUCUCCUCUUCGUUCUCUUUGUCCUAGACCUGCUACUGCCCCUGCGCAGCAGCAGCCGUCUGCUCCUCGGCAUGCUAGAGUAGCACCCCGUCGACGCGCCCAGCACCCCCGUGAUCCCGCGCCAGGCGCAGUUCAAUCCGCAGGCGCCCAACGGGGAUUACAUCCACCACGGCCUGGUCUCCUGGGGGUUUAUCAGCCAGCACGGAAGGCCCUGGUGAAUAAUUCGAGGCUGGGCUCUGCGGGGGCAGGGGAAAGGGAAGGAUGGGAGGCGGCCCCGAAGACAUGGGUUUGUCUGCGUUUCUUUGUGUUUUUCUUUCUUUCUUUCCUUAUUGGAAACGGUACAUCACUAUUCUACUCAAGAGUCGCUUCAAACGGCAGAGAUAUGAGAAAGGGGAAAAGGGGGGAAAAAAA